CAGAUGAUUGAUAAUGGACCCAAUCAGAUAUUCAUACCAUGGGAUAACAUUUGAUAUACAAGAUAUCACAGACUUUGGUAGGCAACAAGACCAUUUGACCAAAACAGCCAUAGCGGUCGGCAAACAAAAGCAUAGAAAUGUUUCGACAACAUGGCCAGGUGUAGCAGAUGAAAUACUCAGUAGAGAGAUAAGAAGAGAUCACCUGAAAAACAUAAAGCAGGCAAAAGUUUUAGAUGAAUUAAGUAGACUUGAUCUUAAAGUGGACAUACCUGUUAAAGAGAGUAAAUCAAUCAAAGUGGCAAGAGUGAGACAAAUAAAAAGCGCCACCAAUCGGAGUACAGACUGUACUAUUGAUCCCGAAAGAUUUUAUGAGAGACAAGAACACAAUGCUUGUGCAGUGGAGCAACACGAGGACUUUCAGUGUACCGAGAGAAUACCAUCUUAUAGACACCCAGAUGAAAUAAUUUUUAAAGUACAAGGUAAAGCUCAACAUAAGGCAUUACGUGAAACUCGUAGUGCCCCAGAGAAAAACACAGAGAGCAGAAAGAACAAUUUGUUUAGUCCUUCACAAUGGGUGCAAAAACAAGUACUUGAAGAAAAAAAAGAAGCAGAAUCAACGCCACCAAUAACGUAUAUAUUCUGGAAUGCAAAACAUUUUCAGCAUUUUCAUUACCUUUACAAACUAACAAGGGAUUGCGAGAAUCGCGUACAAAAGCUGAAACAAAGCAAGGAUCAAGCAAAUCGAAUGCCUGAAAAUGUUGCCAUCAAAAUAGGGAUAGUUGGGCAUUUCACAGCAGACAAUGUUAAACUAAUAUCGAAAAAAUCAGGGAAAAGUGAGGUCUCAGAGUACCAACACAUUUGGGAGGCACUUCCACUUGUUUGCUUUCAAAACGAUUUAUUCCAAAAAUUAACAUCAAAGAAAAAUGUUCUGUGUCAAAAGAGUGCAUGUCACCUGAUCCUCAUCAAAUCGGACAAUAUUUUACCUAAAACAGAUAGAGCCGAUGAUUUUAUUAUCAGCGUAGGUCAGAACAAAGAUCAAAUUGAAGAAAUCAUCACCUCCUGCAUAGAGGAACCUCUCGAUCACAUGCUACAAAAAUGGUCAGAGGAUCUUAAACUUGAACAUUUCAGGGGAAAUGCAUCAGAUGUUAUCGUAGAAAUAGAGGCUAUUCGUACAAAGUUGGUGUCUCGCAACAGUAUAAAUACCAAAGAAGUUGAUUCAAAUAUACCGAGUACUAGUUCGGAAACAGUUGUUCCUAGCAAUGUUAAGGAGUACCUGUUUGGAAGGUCUGAUGUCAACUCAUUUGGAUUAUGGACUAAUUCCUCAUUCAAGGUGUUUGUCAAGAAUGCAACCAAUGUUAAAGAGCUGAAGGAUGCCUUGAUAACGUUGAACAAAACAUUCUUUCAAACAUAUCAACCAGAAAUAGAAAUAAAAAGAUGGACGGAAAUGCAAACGCUGAAGCAGGGGGAUCCUAUUCAAUCCAAAGAUGCAGCAAUAGGAACACUUGGAGGGUUUGUUACGAAAUCAAACAAUGAUAAGAAAAUAUAUGCAUUGACUUGCAACCAUUUAUUUCCGAAUGAAAAUGAACCGGCUUAUGCUAAUGACUUAAAAGAAAUUGGUGCUUGUAUGUUCACAACCAGGGACAAAGGGUGUGAUUUUGCUGCUAUUGAGAUGAAGGAGUCUUAUGUAGAUUCCUGCGAUAUGGCCUUCAGAAGGGAUGACAAAAAGAAAACCAAUGCAAAUGUUUUUUCCAACAGCUUAGAAACUGGAAACAUUGUACAUAAGAUAGGCGCAACAACGAAUGUGACCAAUGGAAUAAUUGUAAGUCCUGAAUUUUAUUUAAAAGUAACAGACGAAUCCACUCGGGAAAAUGUUUUUCUCGUGAAAGGUACCGCCGAAAAGUUUUCUGAAAGGGGCGAUAGUGGUUCACUAGUAUUUUCCAGACCAAAUCGUAUACAGCAAACUUAUGUUGAUGUCGUUGGUAUGGUAUACGCCAAUGAUCUUACAUUGUAUGAUGAUGAUGAUGACAACGACGAUCCAAUUGAUCAAAAGAAAAUGAAGUCCAAUUUGCUUGAAGGGUCCCAGGAAGAAGGUGUUCAAAAUAACGAUGUUAACUCUGGAAAUAAACCAACCUCGAGCAAAUGCGAUAACCUAGACAAAGACACAAAUACAGUGUCUGCUAUCCACCAAGAUACAAAUGGUAUUUCAUUUUGUUAUCGAUUACACACAGCUUUGAAUCUUUUCAAAGAGAAUCAGGGUGGCAAUUUUGAAGUAAAGCUUAAAGAUGACGUGUCUUCGUCAGAAUCCGAUGAUUCAAACGAAGGAAACAACUGACAACUUUACGAAAGUUCGAUGUUUUUGUUUGUUUGUUUGUUUUGGUUUUUGUCUGAUGGGCUAUGGUAGUAAGUUGUCUUAAGAUACUAGUUUUGUCGAUUGGACUCUGUUUUGUGGUUGUGUGGUGUCAGACACCGCGCGCGAUAGGACAGAGAAAGAUGGCUUGCGAUUAAAGAGACAUCAUGGAAUAGAAGAAGUACAUGAGAACUUAAGAAACCAACUUUUUAGUUUCUCUGAACUGAGAGAACUUGUAUUCUGUCCGUUCG